AUGACAACACUCUCGAAUCUUAACUGCCGUGACGUGUGCACGACAUCACUUUUACUUGGUGUUGCCCUUGGUGCUGGUACUGCCGCUGGUGCUGGUGCUGGCGCUGCCGCUGGUGCUGGUGUUACCCUUGGUGCUGGUGCUGCCGCUGGUGCUGGUGCUGGUGCUGCCGCUGGUGCUGGUGCUGGUGCUGCCGCUGGUGCUGGUGCUGCCGCUGGUGCUGGUGCUGGUGCUGGUGCUGCCGCUGGUGCUGGUGCUGGUGCUGCCGCUGGUGCUGGUGCUGGUGCUGCCGCUGGUGCUGGUGCUGCCGCUGGUGCUGGUGCUGGUGCUGCCGCUGGUGCUGGUGCUGGUGCUGCCGCUGGUGCUGGUGCUGGUGCUGCCGCUGGUGCUGGUGCUGCCCUUGGUGCUGGUGCUGCCGCUGGUGCUGGUGCUGCCGCUGGUGCUGGUGCUGGUGCUGCCGCUGUUGCCGUUGCCGUUGCCGUUGCCGUUGCUGUUGCUGUUACCGUUGCCGUUGUUCCAGUUGACGGAGUGGGCCUUGUCGUAAGCCGCCGAGUCCGCGUCCGCCUGGUCCGCAACAGCCUUGAGAGAGUCGGAUCUCGCCUUGGUAUUUUUGUAGAUAAUCUCGGCCUGGGCGCGAGCAGAAGCGGCCUGUCCGAGCGCCACCUUGUUAUCCUUCGUGACCUUAGCCGCGUUUAA